AUGGCUCAUAUUAAGGAUGGCGAGUACACAGCUACAAUCUACAAAAUGAUAAAGGAAGGGCGGCACAAAGAAGCCAUUCAAAUUCUGUGCAAUGAAUUACAGAAGCAUCCAAAAUCCAGGGCUGCCCUAUCUCUUCUGGGAUAUUGUUACUACCACAUUCAGGACUUCUCUAGUGCAGCCGAUUCCUAUGAGCAGCUUGUGCAGAUCCAUCCUGAGGCUGAAGACUACAAACUCUACUAUGCUAAGUCUCUCUAUAAGGCCUGUAACUACACAGAAGCCAUGAAGGCUACUUUUCUCUUAGACAAUCCUGCCUAUCAAUCAAAGGUACUGAAGCUACAGGCUGCAAUCAAAUAUGGAGAAGAAGACCUGUCAGGAACAAAGAGUCUAGUGGAGCAGCUACCUUCUGAUGAUCCAGACAGUGAAAUUAAUCUAGGAUGUCUACUCUACAAAGAGGCAGCUUAUGAAGAGGCUAGUAAAAAGUUUAUCAGUGCCAUGCAGGUACUGGGCUAUCAACCAGAUCUGGCCUACAACAUUGCUCUUUGCUACUACAGUAUGAAGCAAUUUAUGCCUGCCUUAAAAUACGUUUCUGACAUUAUAGAGCAUGGCAUUAGAGAGCACCCAGAACUCAGCGUUGGCAUGACUACAGACUGCAUUGAUGUCAACAGUGUUGGCAAUACACAUGUUUUACGUGAAACUGCAUUGAUUGAAGCUUUUAACCUUAAAGCUGCUAUUAAAUUUCAUCUCAAAAACUACCAUGGAGCCCAAGUAGCAAUGACAGACAUGCCCCCAAGAUCUGAGGAGGAACUGGACCCUGUGACUUUGCAUAACCAGGCCCUCAUGAAUAUGGAUUCUAAACCAACAGAAGGCUUUGGAAAGCUUCAGUUCCUUUUACAGCAGAACCCUUUCCCUCCUGAGACUUUUGGCAACCUGCUCCUUCUGUACUGCAAAUAUGAAUAUUUUGAUUUGGCUGCAGAUGUCUUAGCUGAAAAUGCACAUCUCACAUACAAGCUCCUGAGCCCGUAUUUGUUCUCAUUCCUGGAUGCCUCGAUAACAUGUCAGAGAGCUCCAGAAGAGGCUUACAGAAAGUUUGAUGAAAUGGCCAGUGAGCUCACCGACCAGCUCCAUUUAUUGACAAAGCAGGUACAGGAAGCAAAAAAUAAGUGGGAAGAUGAUGUUAUUAAAAGGGCAAUCAAUGAAUAUGAUGAAGUUCUGGACAAGUAUAUACCAGUUCUUCUGGCACAAGCUAAAAUCUACUGGAACAUGGAGAAUUACCAAGCAAUGGAAAACAUCUUCAGCAAGUCCUAUAACUUCUGCCAAGACAAUGAUGUAUGGAAAUUAAAUGUGGCACAUGUGCUGUUCAUGCAGAAGAAUAAAUACAAGGACGCUAUAAAUUUCUAUGAACCCAUUGUAAAAAAACAUUAUGACAAGAUUUUAAGCAUAAGCGCUGUCAUCUUGGCAAAUCUCUUUGUGUCUUACAUCAUGACAAAUCAGAAUGAUAAGGCUGAAGAGCUCAUGAGGAAAAUUGAAAAAGAGGAACAGCAGAUAUCUUAUAAUGACCCUGAGAAAAAAAUCUACCACCUCUGCAUUGUGAAUCUUGUCAUUGGAACAUUUUAUUGUUCGAAACGAAACUACAAUUUUGGAAUUUCCCGUGUUAUAAAAAGUUUGCAGCCCUAUAAUAAAAAGCUUGGAACAGACACUUGGUACUAUGCUAAGCGCUGUUUUCUCUCACUCCUUGAGAACAUGUCUAAACACGUGAUCGUCCUACCUGACAACAUAGUACAAGAAUGCAUUCAGUUCUUGGAACACUGUGAAAUUCAUGGAAAGCAUGUGCCAGCCUUAAUUGAACCACCACUGCAGGAGGGGCACUUACACUCAGGAAGAAAUACAGUCACGUAUGAAUCGAGGCUGCUCAAAGCUCUCUUCAAUGAAAUAAUUGGAUGGAAUCAGUAGCUCACAGACUGCACCCAUUGAAGGGACCUGAUUUUUUAAAAGCUAUUGGGGUUGUGGGCUGACAGCACGUGUUAUGUUAAUAAUGAAACACAGCAAAUAAGAUGGGGGUCAGUCAGACUUGACUUCUUCUAUAGUAGUAAAGCAUUUUGAUGCAGAAAGAGAGUCAGUCAAGACUGUCAGCUAUAGGACUA